CAUUAAAUUGGCAAAUGUCAAAAACGUAUUGUGUUGACUUCGAUUUGUUUAGAUUUUAAUUUUAUAGUUGAAAAAGCAUGAAAAAAUGUCUGAAUUGUUCAGUAACAGCGGCAUUUGUCGCUGUUGCCACGCACGAGGCACUUUCAAAAGUUUAAAUCAGCUGUAUAUCUACGAGGGGCGCCAAGAAGUUUACGCAAAUAUGUUACAGCAAACAUAUAACAUAGAAAUAAAACCUGCACCAGCAACACUGGAUGGGUAUUCUAUAUGUGAUUCAUGUAUCCCGAGGCUGCGUGAUGCUGAACAAUUUAGACACCAAGUUGUUUCAUGUGAGCAGCUGUUCCAUCAGUAUUAUAAUAUACAUUUGCAUAGAGGAUUUGAACCCCCUGAUAGAGAAGUAAAACAAGAAAUUGAGGAUCCAGAUGAACAGAAGAAAGGGCUAAAUUUAAGCCUUGACCAAGAACGCAGCGACCCAAAAUUUGAUGAGGCAGGUUUAUCCCAUUCUGAUGCGUUCGAGGACGAUGAUCAACCGUUAUCUAGCCUCCAAAAUGAAUACAAACCGAAUGAAGUAUGGGAACCAUUUAAUUAUAAUGAUACCAAAGCCAAGCCAACGCGGAGAAAAAACAGCAAGAAAUUCAGUUGCGAAGUAUGCCAGAAGAAAUUCUCCUACAGCGGCUCUCUAGAAGUACAUAUGCGAACGCACAGCGCAGACAAAACCUACCUAUGUCAUAUAUGCAACAGUAGAUACACAUUAAACAAGGAGCUAAUAAAGCAUAUAAACGCAUCGCAUUCGAUUAACGGUGAAUUUCGCUGUACGUAUUGUUCUAAAGGUUUCGAAAAGGCACGUCUUCUGAAAAACCAUCUGUCAACACACUUCGGACAGGAAAAGUUUAAGUGUAGCCAUUGCAACAAAGAGUUUCAGAGAAAAAAAGGUCUUAAGGAGCACAUGAAGAUACAUACGGGGGAGAAAAAUUUUACAUGCACAAUAUGUAACAAGUCAUUCAGCCAUAAUCAAACAUUAAAAUCCCAUAUACUCACGCAUACGGGUGAAAGGCCGUACGUGUGUGAUGUGUGCGGUCGGAGAUUCCCUCAACGCACGCAUUUGAAGCGGCACAUAUUCAUAAUUCACACUGGAGUCAAACCGCACAGUUGUAAAGUGUGUAACAAACGGUUUUCAAGUAAAAGCUACCUUUCAAUACACGAAAGGCAACAUACAGGUGAGAGACCGUACGCUUGUGAAGUUUGUAAAAAAGAUUUCACCGCGUACACAACACUCAAAGUGCAUAUGCGAGUUCAUACAGGUAUAAAACCGUAUAUAUGUUCCUUCUGCGAUAGACAGUUUGCGCAGAUGGCCAGUUUCAAACUCCACGAAAGGACACAUACCGGCGAAAGACCGUUCUCUUGCAAAGUGUGCAAGAAAGCGUUCUCCGAUAACGGUUACUUGAAAAUACACAUGCGCGUACACACUGGAGAAAAACCGUUCAACUGCGAGGUGUGCAAACGGUCGUUCAGAGAAACUGGACAGUUGAAACGCCAUAUGCGCGUGCACACCGGUAUAAAACCGUAUACGUGUAAAGUUUGCAAUAAGCAAAUCGGUAAUUUAUCUAAGCAUAUGCGCGUUCAUUCGGACGAGAGGCCGUUCAACUGCAAUAUAUGCAACAAACAGUUUUCGAUUAAUGGCAACUUGAAAUUGCAUAUGCGAAUACACACAGGUGAAAGACCGUUCAGUUGCGAUGUUUGCAAUAGUCAUUUUACACAGAGCAGCGGGUUGAAAAGGCACAGGUGUGCUCAUAUUGGGAAAACGGAAUGAUGUAUUUAUGAGCGCAUUUUUUGCAAUCUGCAAUAAAUAAUAACAAAAGUAUGAAAAAGUAACUCUAAGCGACGCGACGACCCAGAGUAAUGCAAAUAGUUGCGUAAGAACGGUUCGAGAGAUGGCCCAGAGGCCUUUUUUUUUCUUCAAAUAAAUCGCAGCAAGCUUCCAAAGUUUAUACACUUUUAUAUUUAUGGGCUCUUUAUUCGGUUCUUCUUGGCCUUAUACGACUAAAUGUGGUUUCAGAACAACGUGUUCUUCAAAAUUGAAGAUAGAUUUGAUGUUUUGGUUAUGGCAUAUUUUUUACGACGCCUGCUUUACUGAAUUCCUAGGGAAUUCAAUUCUUGAACUCUGCAUUUGCAAAAUGUCGUGCAAAAAAAAAAUUAAAUGCCAAAACACACAUAGAGCCAGUCUGUAAGCCACGAGAUUUGUUGUACGCUUGCAGUCAUAAAUUUAUUUCAAACACUGUAGAGUCAGUUUAAAAUAGACCUUAUUCCAUCGUUUUAAAGCAUAGGUUCGUUCCCAGUUCUGCAGCCAGUGGUCUGCCGUGCAAAAUUUUACUUUGAAACAUACUCUAAAACAUAAGAUCCAUUAUACAUAGACGCUUGUGUUUCGGUACUCUACAAUCCCUCCACGAUGGCGGAGCGUGCAAAGUUCUUACUCUACCCGUUUACGUAGAGUAAACUGUGAAGUGUAAA